UUUAGCACAAAACCCAUAAACCUAGCUCAAAUCCUCUUCAUACUCCCCAAAAAACCCUAUUCCCCUACAGACCACCAUCUCCGCCGCCCGCGAAGGUCGCUGAUUUCCAUCUCCACAACCAUGGCGGACGUUGAAGCCGAUGUGACGAGUGGACAGCCAAAGAAGAGAACGUUUAAGAAGUUUAGCUACAGAGGCGUUGAUCUCGAUGCUCUUCUCGAUAUGUCCACUGAUGAGCUCGUUAAGCUCUUCAAUGCUCGUCCUCGUAGAAGGUUUCAGAGAGGUUUGAAGAGGAAGCCGAUGGCACUGAUCAAGAAGCUGCGGAAGGCGAAACGCGAGGCUCCACCAGGUGAAAAGCCAGAGCCUGUCAAGACUCACCUGAGGAACAUGAUUAUCGUUCCUGAAAUGAUUGGAAGUGUUAUUGGAAUUUAUAAUGGAAAGACUUUCAAUCAGAUUGAAGUCAAGCCUGAGAUGAUUGGCCACUAUUUGGCUGAGUUUUCUAUCUCAUAUAAGCCUGUCAAGCACGGUAGACCUGGUAUUGGUGCUACUCAUUCGUCAAGGUUUAUACCACUCAAGUGAUCUGGCCGAGUUCUCUAUCUCAUAUAAGCCUGUCAAGCUUGGUAGACCUGGUAUUGGUGCUACUCACUCAUCAAGGUUCAUACAACUCAAGUGAUUUGGGCGCCAAUGUCUACUUUUGCUUCUGUUCUAGCCUUGUCUGAACUAUUUCGUACAACAAUUUUGAUGUGAGACCAAGUGUUAUUACUGUUUAGUUCGUAAGACUAGUGUUUUCCUGAAACAUCAAAAUGGAUUUGGCAUUUUUUAAAUCAUGAAUAUCGUCAUAUUUGAUUUGCAGAGUA